AUGUUGUUGAAGGGUGUUACCAAGUUCAACCCUUUAAAGCAUCUUAGGCGAAGUGACAUUGUGUUCUACCCAGGCUGGGCCAUUGUCAUCAACCGGUGGUCUAAAACCAUCCAGUUUAGUCAACGUCUCCUUACUGUACCACUACCUCUCAUCCCAGGUCACCCACUGUGUCCCUAUUCUGCACUACAGCAUGCCUUCAAGCUUGUGCCAGCCACCCUGUCUGGUCCAGCCUUCGUCUUGCCAGCACCCUCAAGAAGGGGCCUAAUACCAUUCACAUAUGCCAAGUUCGACAGCCUUCUUAAGAGACAAUGUCUGUAA